CCGUAGACAGGACAGAAAGCAGCGGACUGGUCCUUUAAGGGCUGAUUUAAAAAAAACAAAACAAAACAGUACACUUCCGGUGGAUAAAGACAAAAACAGAUAGAGAAGCAGCCCAGCGGUGAGAAGAGGGCGGCCCGUCGACGAGGUGAGGGGAUCCAGUUUUAGAAAGGUGACCAGCUGUCGUUAACACAGUCGGAGAGCGCAGACAACACACACCGAGCAACAUGGUGAAAAUCAGUUUCCAGUCUGUCGCGGGACAGAAAGUGGAAAAGGAGAAUGAUGGCGACAAGACCGAAAUCCUCAUCCCUCAUCCAAUGGAUGAGGAGGAGCUGGUUCUGCCGCUGCGGCCCAAGAAGUCUCCCCUGAACGGCCUGUGCUGCCUGACGUUUGGCCUGGUUGUGUUCAUGGCCGGUCUGGUCCUCGCCUCAAUCUAUGUGUAUCGCUACUACUUCAUACCUCAUAUCCCAGAUAACUCGUUCCACUGCAGGGUGCUUUAUGAAGACUCAGUGUACGCCCCGCUGCGUGGGCGUCAGGAACUGGAGGAAAAUGUUAGCAUCUACUUGGCCGACAACUAUGAGAAGAUCACUGUGCCCGUGCCUCACUUUGGAGGCAGCGACCCUGCUGAUAUCAUCCACGACUUCCACAGAGGACUGACAGCCUACCAUGACAUCGCUCUGGACAAGUGCUACGUUAUAGAGCUCAACACCACUAUCGUGAUGCCUCCGCGCAACCUUUGGGAGCUUCUCAUCAACGUCAAGAAGGGUACAUACUUGCCUCAGACCUACAUCCUCCACGAAGAGAUGGUGGUGACCGGCAAAGUGCACAACAUGCGUCAGCUGGGACCCUUCAUCUACCGCCUGUGCAACGGGAAGGACACGUACCGCCUGAACCGUCGUGUCUCCCGCAGACGCAUCAACAAGCGCGAGGCGAAGGACUGCCACCACAUCCGUCACUUUGAGAAUACAUUUGUGGUGGAGACGGUUAUCUGCGAUGAAGCGUAAACAGGACGGUUAUCCGUGUCAUCCCAUCUACCCAAAGGCACAUCUCUAGUCACUUCCCCAGCCACUGUAGCACCCUCCUGUGGAUCUGGUCAUGUCUGAGUUGCACUUUACUUGUGAAUUUGGUUUGAUGUCCUUUGUAAAAGAAAAGUUUUGUUGUUUGUUUUUGUUUUUUAAAUAUAACUUCCUGUCUGUUUUUCUUUCUUUUUUCUAUUUCCCACAGGUAAUAUUUAUCCCCCAGUGUAAUGCAAUACUAAUCUUUUGGUUCUAUCACAGGAUUUUCCAUGUAGCAAAGUCCUUAAGCCAAUAAUGAAUUAUAAUUUCCAGACCUCUCCUCUUUGGGGAUUUGUAUGAUGGUUACUGUUGUUGGGGGAGAUGACUGCCUCCAUGUGUUGUCAAGGUGACUGUCCUCUUGUUUUUUUUCUCUUGCUCUGGAGAUUACUUUGUGUCAAGUGUUCUAGUAACACAGCCAGUUGUGCAAAGCAUGAAAUCCUGCUUUUCUGAGCAAACAUUAUCCAUAGAUUUCUAUUAUUAUCUUUUUUCCCCCUCAUGAUCUCUGUAAUGUAAACAUGUAACUGCUGAUUACUAGUUGCUUGCUUGCAUCUUUAUCCUGUUGCCUGCUUGUCGCUUCCUUGCUCUCCUUUCUGCUUAAAAAGCAUCACACAGUAGAAGUUCGAGAAGGUUGCGUUGGUCACUUAUGUACCAAUGUUUUAGCAAUGAAGUAGACAUUAUCAGGCGUUAGACUGCAUCCACUUCUUUUUGUAUAUUUCAUCAUCAUUGAAAGAGGUGAAAACCCAUAUUUAGUUUUAAGGCUCUCAUUUGUUGUCAGCUUUUCUCUUAUGUGUUUUGCAUACUUCAAUGCAUUUGUGAAUCAUUUUAAGGUUAUGUAAUUUUUUUCCCUUGCAUGUGUUUAUCUAUAAGAGAGCACUGUUAGAAUGUUUUGUAAAACCACGUUUAAAGCCUUAGUCCAGAGUCAGAGACUGGACUAACGUCAAUACUACUGAAAGGGAGCAUAUUAUAUGACAUGUUAGUUCAACAAAACCAACUUUGAUCUGUAUAUUUUGUCUGCCGAUGAAAUCUGUCUGUGAAUAAAGUAGUGAAAAUCA